AUAUCAAGGUCAUUGAGAAAUGUAGAAACAGAGGAGGGAUGGACCAAUCUGCCUCUCUUCGACCAGUCCUGACAGGGCUGGACUUCUUUCUCAAAGGCCGGUCAAAAUGUAAAUAUGUUACCCGGUUCCACAGUUAAUACACCACCUCCCUUAAACCUCACCAGCGGAGGAGAGAAGGAGUGGGGGGAAAGGGGACAAGAGAUGACUGAAAAGGAAGGGGAGAAAGAAACGGGAGCAGAACAUACAGGGGAGUGAAAAGAACAUGAAGAGCCUGCAAAGUGAAGAAAAGCUUUGUUUUUGCAGCAUUACUACAACAUAUUCUUAACGCUUACAGCGGUGUGGUGCAGCGGCUGCUGUGAUUAGGAUGCAAACCAAAACAGAGGUAGAGGAGGCCAGCAGGAGACGGGCCAGCCCCAGCCGCCGUGUGCUGGACGCUCUGCUGUUGUGCACUGGGGAUAUGGAGCACUUGGAUGAGCACAUGAAGGACGCAAUAAUCGAACAGCUCCCACAUGCUGAGGUGUCAGGAGGUCUCCAUGGCUGUAAUGGCAUGUUGGUGUCUCUGCUGAUGGGAGUGUUUAGCUCGGCUGGAGACUGGUACUGGUGGCUUCUGCUGCCUGUCUGCUUGUGUUCAGCAACCUGUGUGUUCCUGUACAGUGGUCUCACCUCACUGUUGGUCCACUGGGACUUACCUGUCGCUGUGUUUCCAUUCAACAUCAUCAUCCUCCUCUUCCUCCUUUGUACGGGCCCGAACAAUCCCUACUUUCCUCACCACCCGGCUGUGCCACCAGGGGUGCUGCAACCUAAUGGCACCCAAGUCAUUGCAGUCGAGGUGAUGUAUGGCAUCCCUCUUGGCGUGGGUCAGAUCUUUGCCUGUGACGCGAUGGGACCCUCCCUCCUCAUCCUGGGAGCCGUUGUGCUCUACUCCCCGCUGCUGGCCACCCAUGCUCUGCUGGGAUCAGCAGUCGGCACGCUGGCUGGUUUAUCCAUGGCGGUGAGUCAUGAUUCCCUGUACUCGGGUCUGUCUGGGUUUAAUGGAGCUCUUGGCUGCAUGGCUGUUGGAGGACUCUUCUUCACCUUCAGCUGGACGACCCACCUCUUCGCCAUCGCCAGCGCCUUCCUCUCUGCAUAUGCUGACAUCGCUCUGGGAAACCUGCUGGGAACUGUGGGUCUCCCAGCAUGCAGUUGGGCAGCUACUCUGACAGCUACAUUGAUGUUGCUGCUGACUGGCAGUUUAGCAGCAUACAGCAUCCCUAUUGGUCAAGUCAAGGCCCCUGAACACAACCUGAACUCUCGCCGCCGCCAGUGGACAGCCGGGAACACCCUAGAAAGAGACAGCGUUGUGUAGUGUGAGAACACACACACACACACACACACACACACACACACACACACACACACACACACACACACACACACACACACACACACACACACACACACACACACACAAACCUAAACCUAACAUAUUAGUGAUAAUUAAUUCUGUUUUACAGAAUUUGUUCCAUAACAUUUACAAGAGGUGAUAGCGACAUUAUGGCUGCAUUUCAAAAAGUAAAUUUUGCUUAGGAACCUUCCAACUGAGUGAAAUGACCCAAAAGUAUUUCAGCGGCCGCCAUAUUAAGAGCUGUUCGAAUUCUCUAAAUGAUAAGGAAAGAAGUUUCAAUGUCUCCUAACUUAUCUUCUUUAGCGUAGGAAACAUCAAACCAUCCUUUAUGAAAGGAAAAGAGAAAUUACCCCCCCACAAUUCAUUGCGGCACCAUUUAAAGCGACACAACCUCGUAGUUGCACCCAGACUCACCCAUGUAUAUAUAUUUAUAAAAAACAUGAAAGUUGUUUCAUUUUCAUGACAUGAUCCAGAACUGAUGUAAACCUCACAUUAUUAUAUUAUUUCAACAUUUCAUUCUUGAUCUUUUCUGUGUGUAGGUAAUGAUUAAAUGUUCUGGCCCUAACCCCCCCUAACCCUAACCAAACAUGCCUUUUGAUUAUAAACAUUUUCUACACAUCCCACACCAUAACACAAGUCAACACUAUAAGGAUUCCCUCACUCUUCUGUUUGUCCACAUGGUGGCAGUACAGUGCCAGGAAUAAAAUGUUUAUGAAGUAC